AUGUGCAAACACCACCAACGUCGUUGUCACCAGCGUAACAACCGUCGUAACAGUAAACGCGAAGAUAGACAUAUUAUCUUUAAAACAAUUGUUAAAUUAAUUGCUGAUGCUAUCUCUGUCCAAAGCGAUCAUUUAAACUCCAAUACCGUAAUCCAACAAUCACCGAACGAAACAGAAACUUAUAUGAUGGAAGCUCCGCCUUCUUAUCAAGAAGCGAUAAAACCAUAUAAAGUUUAG